AUGGCACAGAUCAAACAGAAAUACACCCAGAGUAACGGUCGCAGACCUUUCGGCGUCUCUACGCUUAUCGUUGGAAUAAACCAAGACGGGACUCCUCACUUAUACCAGACGGAUCCAUCUGGGACACACUUCGAGUGGCUGGUAACGUCGAUAAACCUUUAUAAUCAUCCAAAAAUCAGGCGAACGCGAUUGGGAAGAAUUCUAAGGCAGCACGCGAGUUCCUCGAGAAAAACUACUCCGCGGGCGCGGUUGCGACGGAAGAAGACACCAUAAAAAUGGCUGUCAAGGCCCUCGUCGAGGUUGUCCAGACUGGCGCAAAGCACAUGGAAUUAGCGGUUAUGCGCGCCAAAAAACCUACAAAGCCCGGUGAUUCGUUUGUAGAAUGGAAGGUAUGUUUCGGAACCACUUCAUUCCAAAGCCUUUUAAUGUUCAUAGUUUUGGUCCCAUCACUGUUAGCGCGUCAUGCAGGUUUCAAACUCUGGUACGGCAAAAUAGAUGUCCUUUUUAAUAAUAUUACUAGUUCGGAAGUAGCAUUUGCAAUGUGAAACUUUUUUGCACGGCCUCGCUUGAACAUUUUCUAGUACAUCGAAACUUAAUGACCAAUAUCUACAUCUACAGUUUACAGUUAUUUAGGGCACCAGUGUUAGACUUAUUCUGAUGUCAGCCUUUUAUUCCACUCAGUGUACAGGGACGAGUGAACUUUGUCCAAUCGAGAUUUGUGUCGAGUUAAUAACCAAAAUCCCAUUGUGGAGUAUUUUUUUACUUGUAUUCAGUAUCUGAAUGCUUGCGAGCCUUUAAACCGUUCGUAAGGGUGAAAUCUCGGUUUAUAAAACUGUUACUGGAUUCCAUUGCAGUCUCCGAAUGAACUCGUUUAAAGCUGCCAAAUUGCUCAGUCCGACCUUUCAAACACAGUAAUACUGCAAAUCCAGCAAAGCGGACAGGAUGGACCAGUCUACGUCGACUAGUUUUGUCCGAUACCCAACACCAACCGGGCGUUCUUGCCUUCACCUUAUUGGGUCCUUGUAAUCUUUGAGUAGAUGGUAAAAGUUUAUUUAAACGCGUAACCAAAGCCACUAGCCCUAAAUCAUGCUUUUUACGCGGACAAAAGUAGCUUUCACCUGAUCUGUUAACUCUGACGACAAGAAAUUUCGGUCAGACUGUGCGGUAGCUUUAAACCUGCACCCAGCCAGUCAAAUAUAUCUAAACACCAGUCACUAUGUUUUUCAGUGAGGGUGGCAUGGUAACAUUUCAUUAGCUCCGUUACGCACGCUAAAUGACAGCAUUCUGCCCCUUGAAUAAACCCGAUGGUUGUGCACCGAACGCACCCCUCCUACUGACGACUUUCUUUCACUUGUAAAACUCGGUUCUGUUUAUGGUAUUUCAGAUGCACAUUAUCUUGACCAACAGUGUUAACUGCUCGGCCGACCGAUCGUUAAGUUUGUCUCUUAAGUUGUGAGUAUAUUCAAGGAACCACAAUAAUCACCACCGGAUUCCGUUUAGGAGUAAGGGCAAUACACCAGUAGAGGUGUAUUUUGUACGGGCUCGGUGAUUCUCAGAGCCGCUGACGCGCAGCCGGCUCGGGAUCCGCGCGUGCGUUUCGUCUUCUUGAGUCACGUAAGCGUGAAUGUAUAAGCAUUACCUGAGAGUCAGUAUCAGCUUAUUUGAUUGGGUAGUAGCCGAUUUUUUGGGCGUCUGUGAGUGGCUGUCCCAGAGGCUGCAUAUGCGCACGUUCCGACCGCUCAGGAGCCGUGAGGACAUGCUUCCUAGCCCGGCGUGGCUGCCAGAGGCGGAAGCCGUAUACGUGCGAGGCGCAGCAAACUUCAUGAGCCGCUCGACGGAUAUUUUGGAAUUUCUGCAGGUUUAAUUUUCUGGGGAUGGCCAAUUCCCAGUGUCAAUCUGUAAUUGGUCGUAGACACAACCAAGAACUACGCUGAUUAUUCAGGUCCCUGGAUGUUCACAGAAGACAUAUUUUUAGCAUUCUCCAACCAAUCGUUUGGUAGUCCUGGGAGCACGAGUGUUGGACACUGGUAUUUGUUGAGAAAAUGCGUUGCAUGUACAAUCCAGUGAAUUGGUGGUUGCGUGUAAGGCGAGGAAUGACAAAGAACCCUGUUUUAGUCGAAACGUUCGAAACAUCCUGCGUAACGCUGUUGAAGUCGCAUACAUCUGCAGCACGAAGGGCCAGUAGAGCCUGCUUGCGUCCUGAUAUUUACGCAACCACUGAAGAAAUUGACGUUGGUAAGCGCACGUUUUCAUUUAUUCAUACUCAUGCCUGUGCCAUAAUACGCGACAUGUGGGGACGGCGCAUGGUUAAGAACAUCCAGGGGUGAUGAGAGUAUUUAAACGUUUGGCAGUCUAGACAUCUAGUAUCGAGUUCCAGGACGAAACAUCCGUCAGUGGUUGCAAGUCACUGACAGAUAUUUCACCGCUUGGCUGCUAGAAAUUUUUGCAGAAUUUUGCCUUUGAAUUCAUCGCGGUCCCGUUGCAGUCUUCAACAAUAACAUGCUUUUUCUUCACCGUUGAUAAUUCGAAAAAGGCUCACAAUGAGUCGCGUUCGAUUGCGCGUUUGACUUGUAAGAAUUAGAACACCCCAGCUCAGAAAAGCAGUUAGUCUCAAUAAUUUGACCUAUCGUAAUCAACAUAGGGGAACGUGCGUCUGUUUUUUUUUUCACAGAAAUGAGCCAGACUUGAAUGGAAAUGACUCUACUAUCGGUUUUUGUAUACAGUAGACAUCGGUAAUUCGCCUUAGCAUUUUUUCGGUGAAAAUAUAUCAUCCCUGUUUCGUCUUAUAACAAGAGUAGGCCAGUAAGCGCCGUACUUAGAUGAUUUUAAUAAUCUCGACCAUUCUCACCAGUAAGUUUGUAUACAUUUCAAGUGGUAGGGCAUUUAAUUUACAGACGCCCGAUGACUAACCAACUGGGGUACAAAUCUUAGGUGUCGGCAAAAGAGCCGGAAACGGCCCCUCCGAGCAUUCUUUUGUCAGAAACAAAUCUCCACUUUCGUUGCUUUGUGACCUUCUCAGAAUUCCUUGCAGUCACUUGGAGCCAUAACUAAUUGAAUUUGGAUCUUGUUGACAACAAUCGACAGGACGUGCAUGCGUAGUUCUAGUGCUAGAACUUUUGACUCAAAGGUUUGAUAGCCAACGGACUCAAUUUCAAGUUUCAGACAUCCACCUGUUGUUGCGGCGCGACCAGCUAUCACGAGAUAUCACGCUAUAGCCUUGACAUAGAACUGCGAGUAACUUUUUGACCAACUCCGGUGCUUAACUAGUAAAGUGCGCCUAGUGGCUGACUCGAACGUCUGAGGGGCUAACACAGGCAACUACGUUCUUGUCCAUUAUAUUUUUCGGGACAGCUAUUUUCUCCCCAGUAACAGUGUCCACCUCUCUUGUUUUACAAAUUUACUUCAUAUCAGCGUGUUGGUUACAGUUGAAGGUCUGUAAAACCUCGCCAUCACAUUUUCUUUACUCGUAACUUAUAAUGUGGAGCUCUCCCACCGAGCCAGGUUUCGAAUAUCUGACUGUUAUUUGUCAUUUAUUGAGUACCAGGUUCUAUUAUACAUUUGGUUCUCAAAAAACUUACAUUCCUUGCCCUGUCGGGCAUAUUUGUUCAGGUGCUUUCGUAAAAUCGUUUCUCACCCGACCCUCUUCUAGAUGCUCAAUUAUGAAGAGAUUGAUAAGUACGUCCAAGCCAUUGAAAAGGAACGCGAAGAAGAGGCAGAGAAGAAGAAACAGAAGAAAGAAGCGGCUGGUGGAUCUUAUUAA